GGAAAAGGGGAGAAACAGUAACGAAUAUUGACAAGUAGCAAGCACUCCGGGAAGAGAUAAGGUUCCUGGCAAGAACAGAGGCCGGCGUGCCGCGUGCAUGCCAGGACGGGCACUCGCGAUGCGGCUGCUCCAGCUUCGCCCCCGAGUGGCCGCCGCCGCCGCCGGUCCUGCUCGGCCCGGCAGCCUCACCGCCCGGCCGAGUCUCCGGCCGUGUCGCGGCAGCGAGAGGGGGAAGGCGCCGGUAGCCGUAGCAGCAACGACAAGUGGAGGAGGGAAGGCAACGGCAGCGGCGGCGGCGGCCACGGCGGUGGACGUGGUGAGGGCGUUCUACGACGGCGUGAACCGGCGCGACCUGGCGGCGGUGGAGCCGCUCAUCGCCGAGGGCUGCGUGUACGAGGACCUGGUGUUCCCGCGGCCGUUCGUGGGGCGGGACCGGAUCGUCGGCUUCUUCGGCGAGUUCAUGGGGACCAUCAGCGCCGACCUCCAGUUCGUGAUCGACGACAUCUCCGCCGAGGACUCCGCCGCCGUCGGGGUCACCUGGCACCUCGAGUGGAGGGGGCGGCCGUUCCCGUUCAGCAGGGGAUGCAGCUUCUACCGCUUGGUGGAGUCCGAGGAUUAGCAGCCGCAGAUCGUGUAUGGUCGAGACUGCGUGGAGCCUGCCGCCAAGCCCGGGGAUUUGGCGCUGGUCAUCAUCAGGGGAGUGACCUGGAUCCUUGAACGCUUUCCAAGCCUUGCCGACAGGUUCUGAUCAAUGAGCACGAGCACGGCAUGCAUGCGCCCUGGGCUAGGAAGACGAAGUGCCUGCAUGUUGAAAUGGAGGGGGGGGGGGGGGGGGGGGGGAUACUAGACAAGCAUGUUGCAUUGGGAAAAAUAGGAAAAGGGGCAUGCUGUAAAAAUUCCUGGAUGGAGGCAAAAAAAAAUGUUGCGAUGUUGAAAUGGAGGGGAAUAUAGCGAACAUUUGGUCCUGUUAGAGAAAAAAA